UUUCAAAAGCUGAAAUAAAAGCAUGACGGACGAUCUCGUGCCAACAUUCCUCUCAUUCCAGCCCUUACAUGUAUGAUACACGGAGGCAAUCCUCGCACCCGCCACCCAGCUACAAUAACCCUUUACAAGCCUCAAUCAUAAUCUAUCUAGGUGCUUUCUGUUUCGUAGUAUGGCGUUUAGGGUUACAGAUCUUGCCACGCUUACAUUCUUUGGAAAUUUAUGCACACUAUACCAAUAAUCAAGCGCAACGCAUUCCUCCUACCUCAAACCUUUCACCAACCUUGCUGAUUGAUCAACACAAAGUGAAAACGACGAAGCUGGGAGGCAAAUUGGGCUCUAUAUAUUGAAGAUGGACAACAUACUAAGCUCCUUUUCCAUACAAUCAUUUUUUCACCAUGUUUCGUUUUACUACUACAUUUGCGUUGGCCAUCCUCUGCCUCACAAAACCAUCAUGUUCGAGACCUCUAUCUAAGCCCGAGAAAGGAAAACCUUGUAAGAAGUCUCUCGGUCUCUUCAGUAAAAUAUAACACUAACACUGUUUAGUUGAGAUUAACCCCCAAAUUCUACCAAGGCUAGACAUAGUAGGAAAUGUCGGUUGCAGUGGCAAUGCUGCGGUUGUUGACGUUAAUUCCAUUCACCUACCCUUGAUUCCUUGUCCCAAUUUCAACAAAUCAUUUCAAGAAAGGAGCGUAAAACUGCCGUUGAGCGGCAGAAGUCUGAAGAUCAAACGUGUGGUUCCUUCCUUGUUAUCAAGGUCCAUCAGCGAGCAGAGCUUCAUACCUCUACCCGCUUCGGUUGCGGAUGCAGUCGCAACAAUAUCGUCAAAUACCACAAGUUCUAUGCCAGCUAUAGAUUCAUCCAUCCCAAGUUGGUCGGCCGCAACAAUGUUCACUUCAACCAGCACAUCGUCCGAUUUUAUAGGUCAUGUGACAGCGAUAGAUUCUUCGAUUCCUAAAUCGUCGAGUGCCAGCACGUCUACCUUAACAGAUACUUCUAUAGAAGCAAGGAAGCUCCAUACACAUCAUCGUACAUUAGCAACGAUGCCUCCACCUACCAUUAUCAUAGAACCUCAUCCUCGCUUGACGAAUUUGCCUAAACUGACACACACACAUCAUCGCCUUUCAAAGACUUCUAAAGUAAUACGAUAUGCAUCAGUACAUACCCAUCCGUUACCAGUUCAAACCGGAGCAGAAAGGUGGCAAACAAAAACAACGUUUAUGUGGAUCUCACCUCCCCAAACAAGAUUCUCCAUACCACCGCCUGCUCCUAUAUCGGUACGGAAGACCAGCUUGGAAACAAGGACCUCGGCAAGUGCAUCUUGGAAACGUGCUAGUUUGCAUCCACCCGCCGAGACUCUGUAUCCUCCUGUUAUUGAGCGCGGUCUACCAAGCAAUGGCCGGUACAAUGACGAAUAACGACGAGAUAGGUUUUCAUGAACUGGCUUUUUCCUUUGCAAUUUUUACAGGUUUCGCUAUUGUGGACUGGCAUCUGUCUGGUCUGGUACCUACAGUUAUCAAGUCAUGAUAGUCGGUCGUUAGCAUAUAGACGCUAGAGAUAGCGGCUACGCCCCGUUGCAUUAUCCACAUAGAUUAGUGUCACAAUGCAAGUUUUUCAUAUUAUGACCUGACAAUAAACGAUCUUGUAAUGGAUAUUUUGUAUUAGUCGUAAGCGCUAUCUGCAAUUGUACCUCUUCAGGCUAGAAUCCCUGUAGCAGCCCUUUAUUCAUAAAA